CAGCCUUCUUUUUCUUUAUAUUUUUUAAGAAAGAAAAAAGUAAGAGAGCGAAGGAGAAAGUGGAAGUCCCAUAUCCUCCUCCUCGCUCGCUCUAGCACAAAUUUACAGUUUCCGAAACAUUGCGUAUGUCAGAGUUGUUGGCUCUGCAUCUGUAAUACUGGAAGUGGAUACAAAAUUUACUGAAAAUGCAUGCUCAAAAAGCAUUUCGUGCCAAACUGAACGCAAAAAAGCAGGAAAAGCAGCGGAUUGAUUCUCCCCUUGUAAGGUAUAACGAACACGAUCAACCUGUAUGUAGAGUUUGCGAUGUUGUCAUCAAAUCCGAGUCAAAUUGGCCUGCUCACCAAGUUUCUCGCAAACAUCAUGAGGCUAUUGACAAACUCAAAGCUACUGCCGCUGCUCAAAAUCGUCCGACAGUUUCACAGUCUGAAUCUGCUAAACAGUUUCCAAAGGCUAAGCUUGAAUCCUCCAGGGACUUGAUUGAAAAACCUGAACCUGUAACUGCAGUGCGUGCACAUCAAUCAUCUACUCUGCCUCCAGAUUUUUUCGAUAAUCCUGACAAGAAGAAGCAAAAAAAUGAAAGGGAUUCAAGUCAUCACCGUGACCUUAAUACACACAAGAAGGAUUCUGUUUCUGCAAAGAUUCAAGUCACAGGGAGUGUCAAUGACAUAUCAUCCACUGCCCCAUCUGUGGAGACUAGAAAUCCUCACAUACAGACUUCAAUUGAUCCAACGCCAUUGGCAAGUACAUCUAAUGUGGUGACUAAGCAAGUUAAAGGGGCACUGCCUGCAGGUUUUUUUGAUGACAAAGAUGCUGAUUUGCUUGCGCGUGGCAUAAAACCUGUGAAGCCAGAUCCCAAGGAUGAAUAUAAGGAAUUUGAAAAGUUAAUCCAAGAGGAUUUACAAGAGGUGGAUAACCAGUUGGAGGAAGAAGAGAGAGUGGAAAUGUUAAGAAGGAAGAAACUGGAACUUAGGGCUUCCAAAUCUUCUGCCGUUGUUAAAGAUGUAGAAGUGGCGAGUAAAAUUCCUAGCCGUGAAGAAUCUUCGAGCGAUGAUGAGGAUGAUGACGUAAAAGUUGAUUGGAGACUGGAAGCUCUUGGCGAAGUAGUUUUCUUGGAGCAAUUGAAGUUUAAAAUGCUUUCCAACCUCACCGAUUGUGCUUGAUAAGUGCCAAAUCGAUAGUGAUUACCCUCUUCAAAUCAUUGUAAACCCUUACCUGCUGAAAAUUUGAUAUAUAUAUAUUGUUCCAACUAAUUUUAACUUCAUUUUUUUUUAGUGAAUCAGUGUUUCAAUUAGAGGAGGAAAAGCUGUUUCUUUUGUUUACUUUAAGUUUUAUUUUAUUUUUAAAGCAAAAAAUAAAAAAUGGGAUUAAGUGAGCAUAUUUUAUGUCAGACCCACAAUAGCAUAAAC